CCCUUUUUUCCUUCCGAAUAGUUUAGUGAUAAAAGAAUGACCGUUCCGUCUGCAAGAACUCCAAUCUGGCAAUGAAUUCUCAACGGAGUCGCGUCAUCGUGACGUCACAGCGCAUUUCCUGAAACGUAAGGGCGGAACUACUUUCAGAUAUGAACCCAUUCUCCCAAAUAACUCCAUACUUCCCGCGGCUCGUGCGGGAGUAGAGAUACGCCCUUACGCCUUUACCGAGCGACGAUUUGUUUUUGAAUUAUAGAGAGGGCUGCGACUGGUCAUCAGAAACUAGCUGUUUCUCGCGUCUAAUUGGUCUGCACACACCGCUCAAGUUAAACAGCAGCGGUUUAGGGUUGUCCUGGAAACCACAGGGUAAACAUAGAAAUAUCCAUUUGAGAGUGUUGGCAUUGAAUUCUCACGCCGCCGCCUCCCUCAACCUCCACCAACCUCCCCCAACCUCCUCCGCUUUGAUUGCGUUACGGUCGCCGACAUGACAUUUCAGUAUACAUUUCAGCCGUCGUACAUGUGUUCAGUAUAAACCCUUUCAAAACGCAACACUCACAGCGAUACCUCUUAUUGUUCGGUGAUGUUGAAGCCCAUUUUGGAUGAUAUUGCCGCGUGGUGUCUUUAUGAGGAAGAAGAAAAUGAGCAAUAGUAGUAACGAUAAAUUUCGGAUCAUUAACAAAGAUAAUUGGACCUCAAAAGGCUAGAUGUAAAUUGUCAUUUUUUGUUGACUGUUAAAUGAUUUAAUUGCUGGACCGAUAGUGGGGGGCCAGCAUGUAACUGUGAUUCGUUGGUUUCCCACAGAAAUUUUUACUCGGAGGGAUUUUCAGGUGGAAAAUGCCAAAUGUGGUGGAAAUGUUGGUAGUGUUUUUUGUGAAAGUGAUCUGAAGCACAUAGUAGUAAUAGUUUCUGUUCUUCCUCCCAGUUGGCUACUGAGUUUCAGGUAUUGCUAAAGGAUGUUGCAAAUUUCUAAGAGCUGUCAUGUAGCUCCGAAAUUUUACCAAUGACGCAAGCCGAUACAUAUGUUUUUUCGAAACAUUAGACUCGUUUCUCACGCAAAACGGGCUAACCUCUCAAGACACGAUUUCGAUAGCAGUAGUAUGUCCAGAUUGAUCCGCGAAUGCAAUGCUUUACUACAAAAUAACUCAAUCCCCUUCGACUGUACAGCGACUCCUGCAGGCACGCCAGUAUGUUGCAUCGGUCAAUGUUGUUUUGUCACGAGGCGGAAGAAAGAGUUCUGGGAAAACUGGUAUUUUUGGUUCGUCGUUGUGCUGAUGUCUUUGCUCCUGAUGACAUCGUUGUUCUCGUACCUGGCCGGCUCUUGCAAGAAGAAAAGACACAACUUGAUUCGGAUCCAUCAUGUUCUGCCGCCGAGCGCCGACCAGCAUUCUACCUCGGUGUCCGUCAUCAGCGAUGCUGACGGGAUAAUUCAACCUCGGCUUUCUUAUAUAACCAAAAGUCGGUACCAGGAUCAAAAUGCCUCUCAUACUGCAUUGGAUAAACAGAAUUCAGUGGAUGAUUUUAUCAAACCUCUGAGUCCAGCCUACCCUCCGAUACAGCCGGUGACCAUUGUUCGAGGAAACGUCCCUCCCAUGGGUUUCAGACAGACGAGCAACUAUACCGAGCUUGUACUCCCUCCAGGAUUCGUCGAUACCGGCCCAGCUUUUAAAACGUAGCUUUUUUGGUGACAAUAAUGGAGAUGCUGCAUUUGUGAGGAAUUUCCGAUUUGACUGUCGAUUC